CUUUUAGCCGUUCUAUGUUAUUUUUAUGGAGCAGCGGAAAGUACUUUAUUUGCACACUGCUAAGUUAGUUAGUUAACUCAGAAAACAUGUCUUUGGAAACGCAUAUUAGGGAGUGUUGUGCCGGUCUUACAUCUGACCGAGUGACAGAACGUAAGAAAAGUGCAGAUACUUUGAAAACAUUUCUUUCGGGAGAUGCUGCGCCUUCUCUGCUGGUUGAAAAUACUGUGCGGAAACGAGGAUUUAGUUGGGAUGAUCUCUAUGAACAUGUGCAGGAUUAUAUCUUAAAGGAAAUGGAAAACUAUGAAAAAUCUAAAACUUUUGAAAAUGUUACAAAACCACUGGCUUCAAGUUUACUACAUAUGACUGUUGCUGGAUCUAUUAAAGGAGGCAGAGGACACAUAAAAUGUGAGAAAAUCACAAAUUCCUGUCUUUUUAUAUUAAAAAAUCACAGGCUAACUAAAGGAAUUGGAGAUGCAUACUUAAAUUUACUCUACAAAUAUGUUAUUUCAAAUGACUAUUAUGUGGGUUUCAUAUCUCAACAAACUUGGGAAGAAUUGCUGGAAGUUUGUUUGUCAGCCAGUGGCUCAAGUUACUCAAAGCUUGAUUUAUACACAAAACUACGUUUGGUGUGUAUUCUAAUGUUAAAUGGCAGUAAAUGCUGCCAGUUCACGAACCCUCUGAGGGACUCUUUGCCACAGUUACAAAAGCUAUUUCUGAACCCUACUAUGGACAAAAAAGUGCAAGAAGUCACCAUAGAAAUAAUGCUGCUCUUAGUGCAAAAGCUUUCAACAGAGUAUCGACUAGCAAUGUGCGAAUUCACAGAAGGAAUUUUAGGAAUGAUCCUUUCUUUUUACGAUCAGAAUUUGGACAAGAAAAAGUCACUGCUUUUCAAAUUAUUGCAUAUGACUGUUAUGUUGCAUCACCCACAAGGUAAAUUGCAAGCAGAGGAUGGCAGCCUGGCAUACAAUUGGAAUAAUUGGAACAAACAUUUGUUCAGCAUAACAGAAAUUAUACAUUUAGAAGUAAAAGUAAUGCAGAAGUCUUCUGUUACAAAAUUUCGGAUUAAAGAUGGUGAUGUGAAGGAUUGUCGCCAUUUCUACAGCCUGGCAGCAUCUGUAUUUUACCAGAUUUUUAAUGGUUGCGUCGUGAGAAACCAAAAUGAAGACGGCAGUAAUGCAAGCAAACGCCAAAAGCUGUCUGCUUGCCAAAACAAAGAUUUCUCCGAUCUUGUUGAAGAGCUUCGACAAAAUCAAGUAUCAUGGCUGGGUAUAAUAGCAGAGUACAUCAAACAAUACGGCGGCCUGACCCCAGCUGCGCAGUACCCGGCACUGCUGCGGGUACUAGACGGGUACAUAUCCAGCACAAACCCGGGGAAGGACUGGCCACUGUUUGAGGAGCUGUCGUGCAAUGUGCUGACACUGUUGACCGCGCAGACCGAGCUGGAACGCGCGCGUUAUGACGCUGUUUGCUUGUCGUUGUGGAACUCCUGUGUUCGACACGCUGCUCUGGGAGAUAAUGUCCACAAAGCGAUGCACGGCGUUUUACAAUGCCUCUUACGCUGCGGCAUUAUAAACUUUGAGAAUGUGCAGUCUUUAGUCAAGCCUUGCUAUGAGAGAGCCAUGCCCGUGACAGAUUAUAGUGUGAAGACUCUAGCACACAUCAUUCAUGUCUUCUUUGCCAAAUACAACAACGCUAGUGAUAAGGAAAAGGCUUUCAGAUGGUUCGCUCAGGGCGAAGUCACAUGCACGGAUAUGACGAAUGUACAAGACUUUCUGUUGAGAUUGGUCUCUAACGAAAAUUUUGAUUUGGAAGCUGUAUCCGCCACACCAGCUACGCGUCAUGUCUUAUAUGAAACAUUAUUCGAUACUAUCGAUAAAUGCAUUCUGUUUAGUGAGUUCCAGCUAUCACUGGACGAUGGAACGGCCACCCAAACAUCUAUGAAAAGUGUUGAAAUAAACCGAGAUGCAGAAAGUCAAAUAAGGAAGUCUUUAGGAAGGAAAUUAAAUGAAAACUGUGGGCAACUUAAGCAGAAGCAAAUUAAGCUAAUAGAAUUUGCGCAGUUCGUAAAAGUGGUCCUGAACUAUUGUCAUUUGCUUAUAAAAUAUACAAAGAUGGACGCGAACAAUUUAAUCGAAACCGAUCUGUACAUCAACUUAAAAAAGUCGCUUAAGUUGCUGUUUUUGUGUUUAACCACAAACCUACAGAACUGCGCCGAUAGUACAGACGAUUUGAGACUUAUAGGUAUAGUACAAUCUAUACUGACUUCAGACUACGAAGCCGUUCUUAACUCUGAGAUACGCAUGGCUAUUGAAGCGGACUUCUUCCAGCCCGUUCACAAUGUGAUCAGCAGUACCAGCCCUAACGAUGACAGAGAUCAAGACAUGGAUGAUCUAGAAGACGACCUCCUCGACAUGAGAAGGCUCUGCAUCCACCUCCUAGCAGCGUACUGUAGACACGAUACUCGCUUCAGGCAAGACAUUCUCGAGCUGAUAAUGAACAAAGACUUGUACAAUUUUCGGCACAACGCCGAUAUAAAAUGUGCGUUGCAGUGCAUGACUAUGUUGGUGGAACAUUCCGUACAAAAUGCGCCUUACGAAUCCGUGCUGGGUCUGAUGUUUUCCAUGUGUCGAGAACUAUUUCGGAAUUCCGAAGUGACUGGAGGGUUGCUAAAGAUACUUCUACUGGUGUUAGACGGCGCGUGGCCUACAUUAUCUGCAGCCAUGAAACAAAACUGCCACAUCAUGGUCGACCGCUACCUAGCAAUAUGCAAGAACCUCUUCUACCCUCCAGAGGUGGCAGCUUUGAUUUACGAAUGUGCGGUCAAAAUUGAAGUCCUGGCAAAAAAAGAAGAUCCCACUUCUGAAAACAAGUACAAGGAGCGGUUGAUAGCGGGUACGACGGGGGACAUCAACUGUAUGAGGCUGUAUUGUUGCUACCUGCUGAAACAAAUAGCGUCGGACUAUGACUCCGCAGAUGUUCAGCUGCAUAUAGCUGGGGCACUGGAACUGUUUGUGAUUAAUGUUGCGGAUAAAAGUGAGCAGAUGCAAAAAGAUGAAUUAGCAAACAGGACACUGACAGUGCUACAUGGGUUUUAUGCGCUUGCGCAAUCCAAACCCUCACUCAUAAACAGCGUCAUAAAAGCAAUUUUAAAAGUACAAAAAGAAAAAACACUCGACGAAGCAUUAGUAAAAAAAGUUCUUAAUAAAAUAGUGAACGAUAUAUCUGGAACAGGGAUUAAUGCUUAUUUGAACAACAAUCUCCUUUCGAUCCUACAUUUUUGGUUUGCUGAAAAGUACAAAUUGGAUGAUUUGCCGAUAUACCUAUUCGGUUUCAAUGACAUGACCCAGUUCUUGGAGAAUAAUGUGAAAUGGGUGAUUCCCGCCGAGAUACUGUGGUGUAAACAAGGGAGCAUACACGAGAGCCAGGUCAUGCAGAAGCUGCAGCGCUCUUCGAACCUGACAGUACAAAACUACGUUGAGUCUUGUUUCUCAACCUUCAUUAUACUGGUGUUGCCAUACAUUGUUACCGACAAAUAUAAUCUUGAGUACGAAAAACAAGAAAAUCCCUUGGCGUACGCUCAAUCAGCCAAGAAUGCACAAAAAAUGUUUCGUGAAACAAACCAAAUAGUGGGAAGUAAGUUUGGGGAUUUAUUUUUUGAGAAAAUGGGUGAUUUGGUGUUGCUGUCUGCAUCUCAUUUGGCCGAUUUUGAAGAUGUGAACAAUAUGUACGAACUGAAAGUUCCAAAACCAACAGAAACUUUCUAUUACCCGAAAGCAGUUUAUUCUGCUGUGCUCAAAUAUUUUGGAGACGUAACAAAUGACGACAUCAUGAAGUUUCUAUGCGAGCAGCACCCCAUGGUGAUAUCGAAAAUAAUCCUCAAACUUUGGGGCAACGUGCUACAGGAAACGAUUCUCGAGCGCAAAUCUCUAGCUCUACACGCAUUCCUGACAUUCAUAGAAUGCCUCCGCUUUGGCUACAACGCCGAUCAUUUCGUGUGUAACUUCGCUUGCAACAGUUUGCUACACGGUAUUAAAGUGGCAACAAGUACAGUCGAGACGAGAGUGCUUUUGAAGUCUCUUCAUACGUUGCUGGUUCAGUUUCUGCCGGGCCAGAGCGAAUUGUUGCGUGAGACGAUGCCGCUGGCCGUGUCUGUACUGACGUGUAAGAAGGAGGAGGAGUUUGGUCCCGAGUGCCGCGCGACUCUGGAUCUGGUCCUGUCGGCGGACCACACUGACGGGACCAGCUUUGCCUCGCAGCGACAGCCGAAGAGGUGUUGCGGAAGUAACACCGAGUUUCUGGACACUUUGAAGACUUAUGUUACUAGCUUGGGCUGUCCCAGCUAUGAGGUGCUCUGCAAUCUACACCAGUUCCUGAAAGCAAACAAAGAGUACAUAUCAGAUUUGCGGACGUCAUUAAACUUCAAAGGUUUCUCUGAAGACUGCGACACGAGUUUGCUCCAUCAAAUAUUGAAGAGCCUUAUUGGGAUACUGACAUCAGCUUCCGACAAUAAGACCACAAUCAAAGUCUGCAACUGCAUAUCCGAGCUUGGAACCUUCGACCUCAAGACGCUAGUAAUGGCGGCGCCUCCAGACACCAAGACCGUGGUGGAUCUGAAGCCGGCGCAGUACUUCGCGAUCGUGGUGCUGAAGAGCCUGGCGCGGGUGCUGGUGGGCGAGGCGCCGGCUGUGGUCAGCAAGGUCAUGGGCACGCUGGCCAGGCUGCUCAAGUAUCGGGAGGGGAAGAUCGCUUUUGAUUUAGGCGAAGUGGACCAGCAAGUCUUGAGGCAGUUCUUAUCAUCAAAAAGUAACUACAUACAAGCAAAGUUCAGAGUGAACGAAGAUAAGUUCAACGCCUACAGCAGAACCGACUUCUGGCUGCCCACUGACAAUGAGAGCCAUAAGGAAUGGAUAUGCAGGAUCACUGUCACCCUUCUGAACAUUGUCACUUCUGGAGAAAACUACCUGGCUACCCUUGGAGUAGUCUGUAAGGCCAAGCCAAACCUCAGUCAAAACAUUCUUCCACCCCUGAUCGGAUUAUUGCUUUCCAUUUCAAAUGAUACUCAAAUAACGGUGGUCAGCAACCAAAUCAACAGCUUCCUAAACUUCUUCUGGGAUAAAACGUUCAACAACAGUUCGUCAGACAGCAAUGGCGGUGGCGGGAGUCGGCAUGAGAUCGACCACGACCAGAAGAUGAUCAUUCGCGAUGUCUUGGAAGUGGUCAACUUUGUGCGCUUGCAGAGAAUCCACUAUAACAAACGGCCAGACGACUUCGAAUCCCUAAACUACCUGAAGCUAGACUACGACAUGGCGUCGUGGGCCGCCGCGAUAUCUGACAACAGCCUGGCGGCGCUGUACUAUGGGGAGCUCUGGGCCCUGGCUCAGAAUGAGGGCGUCCCCCCGGGCGCGCCCGACGCCACCGCCGCGCUGCCUGGCGGGGAGAAUGUGCAGAGGAUCUUUAGAAAGUGUUACACGUCUAUCGGAGAAACAGACGCAAUAGACGGCUGCGGCAGUGGACACUUGACCAGUGAACUGGAGAAACGGAAGCAUCUAAUAAAUACGGGGCAGUAUACCGACGCGCUGUUGUUUCACGACAUCGCGCUUUCGCAUGGGACGGAUCAAGAUGACGUCACCCUUCAGUAUGGAGUGGUCAAGUCGCUUUACAAGUCCGGAAUGCAUCAUUUGGCAUUGCAAUAUAUUAAUUCGCUGCCAGAGAAUGAUAAGCUUGAUGAUGUGAAGUACGAAUGCUUAGCGUUCUUAGGAGACUGGAGCGUAUUCGUCGAUAGCAACGAAACAGAAAACAAACUGAACAAUCCGAACACAAACAUGAAUUCCCUUCUGAAAGAACUGCGGUACGCUUCCCUGAAAGACUGCCUCAACCUUCAGUUGCAGUCGCCAGACUUUGAAGACAAACUCAUUGUACCCCUGAACAGAGCUAAAAUGGCCGUCUCUAAGCUCUCACAGAAGUUGAACAUGGAUAACUGUCAGAGCGUGUACACAGUGGUGUCUCAACUUCAGAUGUUCAAUGAUUUAGAGGCAUAUCACUCGGUGCGAGGCAACAAGACUCCCAUGACAGAGUUGCUAAGGAGGUGGCAGGUGCAGAAACUAGCGCCCUUCCAAGACUUCAAGCAUGUAGAGACGCUGAUCUCGCAAAGAAGCAUCAUUCUGGAACAUGCUUCGAGGGCGUAUGCGAAUCUGUCAGACGACAUCGUUAACUUGCAGUUGAAGUACACAGAACUGGGCUUAUCAAAUGAGAGGAUCCAGCUAUCGCAGCGUCUGCUGGCGAUGGCUAAGCGAUGCAAGACUUCGGGCGAAGUGGCGCUGGUGGAAAGCCAGAUAUUUUGGGCGAAGGGACACAAGGAAAUAGCCCUGUCACUGCUGAGCAAUGUCACUAAUAGCCAAGAACAGAAUGUGAAACUUACGGCCACUGCUUUAAGACAAUACGGCUUGUGGAUGGCAGAGUCUAAACGUGAGAACGCCAGAGACAUAAUAGACAAGUACUUGCAGCGAAGCCUGCAGGUGUUGGGCGCGGGUGAGGACGCUGACAUCAGACUGAAGGUCUACUCCGACAUUGCUAAGUUCGCUGACACUGAAUAUAAACAGGUUGUUACUUACAUGAAGUCGCCUAAGUUUGAAAAUAAGGUCAAAUGUAUGGAGAAUAUGAAAGGCACCGCUAGCUGUUUAAGAAGCACACAACAGUCCUUGACGAAAGAUGAAAGAAAGGCAAUGGUGACUAACGAAAAAUUGAGUCUUUUGGAUGAAGCUGAAAUACACAGCACGAUCGCUGAAAAGAAGAGGUUCUUGGAACUGGCCAUGAAAUACUACCUGCUAUCACUAAAGCAAUCCGAAGACAACAACCUAUCCGUGUUCCGGAUCAUCUCCCUCUGGCUGGAGAACCAGGACUUGGAGUUCGACGACCGCGACGGGGGCUCCUUCGAGAGCCUUCUGCGAUCAGUUCCUUCGAGAAAGUACGUGGCCGUACUGCCUCAGCUCGCGCCGAGGCUGACGAAUUAUGAGGACGCGUUCAGCAAGAACUUGAAUGAGAUUAUUUUGCGUUGCUCCAAAGACCACCCUCACCACACCCUCCCCAUACUCUUCGGGCUCAAGAACUCUGACAAAGACCACGUGAUCCUCAACGCGAGCGCGGGGGCGGCGGGGGCGGGGGCGGCGGUGGCGGGGCGCGCGCGCGGGGGGAGCGACGAGCCCCGGGUGGUGGCCGCCGCGGCGCUGCUGAGGCAAGUCAGCCAGGCUGAUAAUGAGUUGAAGAGUGUUAUAGCGCAAAUGGAGCGCAUGUGUGAUGCCAUCAUAAGCUUUGCCAACUACACAUCGAAGGCGAAGGAACAGAGACAGGCGGUGCCGAAAUCAGAACCUCUAUCCAAACUGAAGGAUCUCAGCGACAUUCCAAUACCGACCAUCAACCUACCGAUUAGAAAAGACUGCAAGUACACAGACUUCCCUGCGAUUGUUUCAUUCGACAAUAAGUUCGACCUCGUGGGCGGCAUCAACUGUCCAAAGAAGAUGACUUGCAAGGGAUCAGAUGGUCGAGAGAGGACUAUAUUGAUAAAGGGAGAAGACGAUCUGCGGCAGGACGCGGUGAUGCAGCAGGUGUUCAGCAUCGUCAACACGCUGCUCGAGAUCAACCCCGUCACCGCGCGAAACAAGCUGCUGAUUCGCACGUAUAAGGUGGUGCCGCUGUCGCGUCGCUCGGGCGUGCUAGAAUGGUGUGAGGGCACCGUGCCGCUCGGCCUGUACCUAGCCGGGACCCACUCCGCGCCCGGCGCACACCGACUGUACCGACCCAAGGAUAUAUCCCCUAACAUGGCCCGCUCCAAGAUGACAGCCUGCCACACCUCGGGCCGGUCCAACUCAGUUAAACUGGCGACGUUCCAGAGCAUUCUGCGCGAGUUCCGCCCCGUGUUCCACUACUUCUUCACGGAGCACUACCACGACCCCGUCGCGUGGUAUGAGCGACGCCUGGCUUAUACUAAAAGUGUAGCGACAUCAUCCAUGGUUGGCUACAUAAUGGGGCUUGGCGAUAGACAUGUUCAAAACAUAUUAGUGGACAAAAGAACUGCAGAAGUCAUCCACAUAGAUUUUGGAAUUGCAUUUGACCAAGGAAAAGCUCUGCCGACCCCAGAGACCAUUCCGUUCCGACUGACACAAGAUAUCAUCGCGGGCUUCGGAUGCAGCGGCGUUGAAGGGGUUUUCAGGAGAUGCUGCGAGAAGACGAUGCAAGUGCUGCGCGACAACCACGAGGCUCUGCUCACGAUCCUGGAGGUCUUACUGUGUGACCCGCUCUACUGCUGGUCCAUCACGCCCGCGCAGGCCAACCGCAAGCAAAACGUGCUCGCGAGUGGUGACACCACGCUCACUGUGCAAGCGAGCAGCGGCCUGGCGGAGCGCGCGUUGCUAGCCGUGGCCAGCAAGCUGAGCGGCACAGAGGGCGGCGUGGCGGGCGGCGUGGCGGUCCCCGGGCAGGUGGCACGGCUGGUGCACGCCGCCACCGACCCCGCCAACCUGUCGCGGCUGUUCCCCGGCUGGCAACCCUAUUUGUAGAGUUAAUUUGCG